CGGCGCUUAGAAGCGACGUGGAGAGGAGGCAGGGACUGACGUAGGUGACGUGACGACGGCGUCGUCUACGUCAUGUGACAUGGUAGCGCAGCUCCCGCAGAGGUGUCAGCUUGACAGCUUUCAUUUUCUCCUCCAGGGCUGUGAUAGGACACCCAGAGAGAAUGGAUGGUUUUUCUCUGACCCUUCCAGAGGCAGUGUGCCUUGGAGCCAGCUUGGGCCUCUCGGGCAUCUUUUACUAUCUACACAAACAAAGCCGGAAAGCUGUUAAAAAACUUGAUAAUGCUCCACACGUUAGUAUAGAUGGGAAACUCAAAGACCUUUUGAAAGUUACUCCUGGAGCCCGCCUACAGUAUGCUGUGGUUGAAGGUACGGUAAAACCAGUGGAUGAGCCUCUAACGAGCCAGUUCCACAAAGACAUUUCUGGCGUGUUGCAAAAAUUUACAAUAAAGGAGCACAGGCUGGUGUGGAGCAGCAUUUCCCGGACAUGGAUGGACUCAGAGCGCAUCUUGCACCAAAGAGUGAAUAUGGUUCCCUUUGCUCUGGUUGGAUCAGACAAGGCUGCAGUCAAAGUCCAGUCCCCUCUGCAAGCAGAGGGAAUGUACACAGAGACCACCAAUGAGAAAUUUCACCCGGCCAGUUAUGGUUUUGGGGAGCUUGUAGGACUUUACCUCAGUGGGGAAAAGUCCAAAGGUCACUUGGAGAUUGAAGAAAUGCUUAAGGUUGGUACGACUCUUAUUGGCGUGGGCGAGUUGAUCCUAGACACAGACGGCACUCUGACUCUUCGACCUCCUUCUGAUAAUUCACAGUAUUUCUUGAGCUUGAAAGACUUUGAAACCCUGCGAAAUGAAACGGACACCAUGGCUGUUUGGUGGAAGGCGCUGACUGUUGUCUCUGCCUUGGCAGGGACAGCAGUCCUCCUCUGGGUGUGCCUACGAUUCUACCGCACUGUCCAAGUGCGAUGGGAGCAGGAGCAAGAACGCAAGGAGUUUGCACGGCUGCAGGCUGAAGCUGCAAGACUGCGUGCAAACAGAGCAAACGCAGAGGGUACUCAGGAUGGAGCCAACAGCAAUCAUAUGGAAAGUGUCUGUGUGAUUUGUCUCAACGAACCAAGGGACUGCAUCCUGUUAGACUGUGCACACGUGUGCUGCUGCUAUGUCUGCUUCCAGGCCCUCCCGCAAAAAACCUGUCCCAUCUGUCGACAGAACAUUGUCCGGGUUCUGCCAUUCUACCAGUCAUAAGGCACUUGUGUGACCAUUUAACCUCAGUGCACCAAGGCUCUAAAAUAAAUCAGUUAAAAAGACUUUGGAAACGGUUUUCUAGUAAGCGAGGUACCAUGUGAAACUGCUUGUGACUAGAAAAAAGUGACAAAUGUGUGAAUUCUUUAGCAAUACAGAUGUUUAUGUUUGGUAAAUGUGCCUUAUGGCUGCUGCUGUAUCAGAAGGGUACAACUGUAUGGUGUAUGUUUGCUCAGAAACGUUUGGUUUUAGUCUCAUUUAAAAGAAAACGUUUUACUGUUGUAGUUUAAAUCACGCACUACAGACAGAAUGUUUUACAUACUUGUUUGUUGCAUCAGAUUUAGUAAAGCAUCACUCUGAAGACAAUUAUUACCUAACAUAUAGAAAAGAUGUGACUAAUUUAUUAAAAACAUUUUACAUCACA